AAAAAAGAAUGAGAACAUUGAACCAAGAUCAGGUAAACCAAUAACCAGAGAUAACCGGUCUCCUUGCCAAUGGAGACAAUGGUCGAUGGAGGUGCCCUAUGGUGUAUAACUAGUGUGACACUCACUGGUCACAAUUCCAAACUCCAAAAAAAGAUGGCGGCGUUUUUGCAAACUAACAUCACUCUGGAUUCGAUCAAGAUCGUCCCGGGAAGAUAUACCGAUCAUAAGUUUCGUGCGCCGUAUCGAAUUAGGUGCGCCGCCGCUUCACCGGUGAAAAAACGGUAUAACAUCGCUCUGCUUCCCGGCGAUGGCAUCGGUCCAGAAGUAAUAUCUGUUGCUAAGAAUGUGCUUCAGAAAGCUGGAUUUCUCCAAGGACUGGAGUUUGAUUUCCAGGAGAUGCCUUUCGGAGGAGCAGCCUUGGAUUUGGUCGGAGUUCCUCUGCCGGAGGAAACUUCCACCGCUGCAAAACAGUCUGAUGCCGUUCUUCUUGGAGCUAUCGGAGGUUACAAAUGGGACAAGAAUGAGAAACAUCUGAGACCUGAGAUGGGUCUCUUACACCUUCGAAGAGAUCUCAAAGUCUUUGCUAAUUUGAGACCUGCUACAGUUUUGCCACAGCUAGUUGAUGCUUCCACAUUGAAGAAAGAAGUAGCACAAGGUGUUGAUAUGAUGAUUGUAAGGGAGCUCACUGGAGGUAUUUACUUUGGAGAGCCAAGAGGCAUUACCAUCAAUGAAAAUGGCGAAGAAGUCGGUGUUAAUACAGAGAUCUACGCAGCUCACGAGAUUGACAGAAUUGCUCGUGUUGCAUUCGAGACUGCUAGGAAAAGGCGUGGCAAGCUGUGUUCUGUCGAUAAAGCCAAUGUGUUGGAUGCAUCAAUAUUGUGGAGGAAAAGAGUAACAGCUUUAGCCUCUGAAUAUCCAGAUGUUGAACUAUCACAUAUGUAUGUGGAUAAUGCUGCAAUGCAGCUUAUCCGUUACCCGAAACAGUUUGACACAAUCGUCACCAAUAACAUUUUUGGUGAUAUAUUGUCUGAUGAAGCUUCAAUGAUCACUGGAAGCAUUGGGAUGCUUCCAUCUGCAAGUCUUGGUGAAUCGGGACCUGGACUCUUUGAACCUAUACAUGGUUCAGCACCAGAUAUAGCUGGACAAGACAAGGCAAACCCAUUGGCCACCAUUCUCAGUGCGGCGAUGCUUCUCAAGUAUGGACUUGGAGAAGAAAAGGCUGCAAAGAGGAUUGAAGACGCGGUCUUGGAUGCUCUGAACAAAGGUUUCAGAACCGGAGACAUCUACUCCCCUGGAAAUAAACUGGUGGGAUGCAAGGAAAUGGGUGAGGAGGUUCUCAAAUCAGUGGACUCCAAAGUUCCAGCUACUGUUUAAGUUACUGAUGAUUUUAAGAAGUGUGUAGCCCUUGGUUUUACGGAUUCAUAGUUUCUUAAUCUCAAUCUCUCUUGCUUCUCCGGUGCUCUCUUCUUCCACAUGGAUUUAUGUUCUCUCUCGCCAGGAAUCUCUGCUUCAGUUUAUUCUCAACACAUAAGGUAGAAACUUGUUCUAAAAUGGGUUAUUUGGUGUUUCUCUGCGUUGUGUAACUGAUUUUGUGCUCAUAGACGAUUUUUAAUAUGUUAGCUUGUGUUUGUUAUUUGGCAUUGCUUUGAUGGUUGGAGCUGAGGGAUGCAUUGUUGGUGUGGAUCAUAUCCCGGAAUUGGUUGAU